CAAGAGACUACGAGAGCACACUCUAAUACGUCUUGGCCAAAGGAAGAGCUUGCAUUGUUAGUUUCCCACACAAGUAGAACACUCGAAUUGGCUUUCAGGCACACAAGCGUUCCUUAUAAGUCGUCCCUGCGUCUGUCUAUUGCCUGCAAGUAACUGACAUCCAACAUCUAUAAGUCUUUUGAGGGAAGGAGAUGGCAGAUAGACGGCCCCAGCGACCCUCCGCCUUGAGAGCACAAGGUGCCUUCCAGGCUGCCGCCUCGUCCGAUGACGAGGGCAUGGAGGGUCGCCAGACGCGGAGUACACGACGCGGUGUGCGAGUAGACCUUUCCAAACUUGAUUUGCAAUCCUUGCUACGCUACCGGAAAGUCCAUAAGCUAGGGGAUGCGCCUGCGACAGCAACCAAAGAGGAGCUGGUACCAUCGGUGGCGCGACACUUUGCGCAACAGCAGGUCGUGGAUGAGGAGGAGGUGCUGCUUAAAUUCGUACUGGCGAUCCAGAAGCACAACAAGCAGCUCCGGCAGCUAAGCGCCGUACAGCAGCAAAAGCUGCAGGAGCAGCGCCUAGCGAUGCAGCAGAUGCUGCAGCAGCAGCAGCAGCAAUACCGGCAAGCCGCGGCGCAGCAAGCGAUGCUGCUCAAGGGCGGAGUCCAAAAGCCACGGAGGUAGCCAGGAGAGGCCAGGGAGCACCCUGCAAGACUGACAAACCUUCCUUUAUCGGGUCCUAGGCAGGUUAAGAGCAGCGUCUGGUGGCCUCACGAGCACCAUGAUAUGCGUGAAGGCGUGAAGGCUAAGGCGAACAACUAAUCAAGGGUGGUAGGAGCGCUUCUGGGGAAAGUUAUGGCCCUGCCUCUAGGCUUAGCCCGUGUAGACACGUGACUAGGAUGCAGGGCUGAAGCGACCAGCUAACGUGCAUCAACAGGACGCGUUUUCAGACGGAUGGCAGGGCACUUGCAGCUUCGACGCAUGGACACAGAUGGACAUGUAUGUUUCCGCCGGCUCCGCCGACCUGUACGUUAGAACGGCUCAUUAGACGCGAUUGACCUGUUGCUAGGUUCUCUGCUGUUCAAUGGUGCUGUUGAGUCAUUUACUAUGACGCUUUCGUCGCAUGUGGAUGUGACGAACACCUUCGUGUGUGUUUGGGACGUAGGUAGCGUUAGGCUCAGGCGAUUAGCACCCUUGGGACACGCAUGGUAGCUAGGACGAAGUAGAUUUGCAUACGCAUUCACAUAUGCUGCAAAGUACCCAGAAUUUACAUUAAGAACAAGCCUCUUCUCAGUGUCGGUGUAACCAAAUCCGAACCAAAAUUUCAUUCCGCCAUCUCAACCACUCCAAUAUCACGACAACCCGAAGCUCC